GUUUUCUUUCAAUUAUUUAAGUACUAAGUGAAAACACAAUUGAUUUUGUCCAGCGGUGUAUAUAAAACCACGGAUUUGUGUUAAUAUAAAAUUAAUCAUUGAUUUUUUCAAAAAUCGUUUAAAUGGCAUGUGCAUGAACAGCUAGAAUUUAAUUAUUAUAAAAUAUCCUUUGUAUAUUUUUGUACUGCUACAUAUUUUUUGGUUGGCACUGCUUUGUUAAAUCUUUUAAAAAGAAAUUGCGCGCUCUAAGCAUUCAUUAUCGAUAUUGGAAUCGAAUCGAAUAAUCCGCCAGUUUUGAGCACUGAAAGUGUUCAACCAAAAAAAUGCCUUGCUAUUUUCAGCACUAAGCCUUGUUUAAAUUAAAAGGUUUCGAAAAAUAAAACAAAAACCUCUUAAAUUCAAUUAAAAAUUUUGAAUAAAUUGAAAAAGAUUGUGGAAUUACUUGUUAUUAUUACCUAAAUUUAAUUAAAAGACUUUUGAAGUGCAAAAAAAAUGCUUGAACUUGUUGUUUAGGUUAAUAGCAUGAACUUGAGGUUGCCUGGCAACCUAUAAAUUUGUACAAAUGGAAUCAAAGCCACAACUGAGGUAAGUUUUGAAGAAAAAUGUUCAAGUCGCUGGCUCCGAUUGAGGGAAACCAGCAGCCACAGCUGCAACUGCUCUGGGAGGACAAGGAUGUCAAGUUCGAUGUGCCACAAUUGCACAAAAACCUACGCAGCGGAGAACGAGUGCUGGAUUACAUUUACCACAUCGAAGACAGUAAGGGAAAUCCGGGGGACACGGGUCGUCUGAUGGUCACCAAUCUGCGGAUCAUUUGGCAUUCGCUGGUCCACAAGAAGUAUAAUCUGUCCAUCGGAUAUGCCCGGAUAUGCAACACCAACACUCGAAUUGUUCAGGCCAAGGCCAGGAUAGCUAGCCAAGCACUCUACAUCCUGGCCAUUUGUAACGAGACCCGCUUCGAGUUCCUAUUCACCGAUGUGUCCGGUGAGACUUCACGCCGGGAUCAGCCCAUCUUCGCCAGCGUCUUUGAUGUCUAUCAUUUGUAUCAACGUACUUAUCUCUAUCGCGACCUGAAGCUGCGCGGAGCCAUCGUUCAGUCGGGUCAACUGGUUAUCCUGCCAGAUGAACAGGUCUACAGCCAGGUGCCGGGAGUCUGGAACUUGUCCAGCGACCAGGGCAACCUCGGCAGCUUUGUGGUGUCCAACAUUCGACUGGUGUGGUUUGCCGAUGCCAACGAGACUUUCAACAUCAGUUUGCCCUAUCUACAAAUCGAAAGUCUUCGCGUCCGUGAGUCCAAAUACGGGCCAGCCUUGGUCAUCCAAACGGCGGAGACGGGAGGUGGAUAUGUGCUCGGCUUUCGCGUCGAUCCCGCCGAGCGUCUGAACGAGCUGUUCAAGGAGCUCUGCUCGCUGCACACAAUCUUUGGCGAGCAGCCGAACUUCGGUAUCCAAUACAAUGCCCAGGAUGCGCGGCAGCGACUGGCGGAGGCCGCCGAGGAGGCCGCCCAGGCCUCCCAGUUCAAGGUCGACAACUUUGAGGAGCUGGACGAGCGGCAGGAGCGCGAGAUCAACACCAAACUGAACAGCUACCUUGCCGAAGGCUGUUUGGGCAAGAUGGCAAGUGGAUCCAGUUCUGGGCAGGAAGAGCGGCUUCCGGUUUACUGCAAGGAGUUGGGUUUCGCCAUGGAGCAAAUAAGGGAUGGGUACAAGUUACAGGACCUGUGGAACGUCAUGCCCACCAAAAUGGAAACGAUGGAAUGAAUUAGAGGAAGAAACUGAAGCUGUUAAAAAUCUACAAAUAAAAAAAAUAUGUAGAGGUGUUUUUAAUAGUUCAUUUGACUAAACAAACUCUUU